AGGGCAUGAGGGGGCGUAGCUCUGAUGGGCUGGCGUGCAGGCUGCGGAUGCUAGGUUCGUGAUCUGGAGAGACGCUCAGGUUAUUAGGUUCCUGCAACUUAACUGGGAACUGAUCAAGAUUUCAAGCUAAGAUGGUGGUGAUGAACAGCCUAAGGGUCAUUCUUCAAGCAUCUCCAGGCAAAUUGCUGUGGAGAAAGUUCCAGAUUCCGAGAUUCAUGCCAACGAGGCCCUGCAGCCUCUAUACUUGUACUUACAAAACCCGGAACCGAGCCUUGCAUCCACUCUGGGAGAGCGUGGACCUGGUUCCCGGGGGUGAUCGACAGUCACCCAUCAACAUUCGGUGGAGGGACAGUGUUUAUGAUCCCGACUUAAAACCGCUCACCAUCUCUUAUGACCCAGCCACCUGCCUCCACGUCUGGAAUAAUGGGUACUCUUUCCUCGUGGAAUUUGAAGAUUCUACAGAUAAAUCAGUGAUCAAGGGAGGACCCCUGGAACACAACUACCGAUUGAAGCAGUUCCAUUUUCACUGGGGGGCCAUCGAUGCCUGGGGUUCUGAGCACACCGUGGACAGCAAAUGCUUCCCAGCAGAGCUGCACUUAGUGCAUUGGAAUGCAGUCAAAUUUGAAAACUUUGAGGAUGCAGCACUGGAAGAAAAUGGUUUGGCCGUGAUAGGAGUAUUUUUAAAGCUAGGCAAACAUCAUAAAGAGCUACAGAAAUUAGUGGAUACUUUGCCGUCAAUAAAGCAUAAGGACACCCUUGUGGAAUUUGGGUCAUUUGACCCUUCCUGCCUGAUGCCUACCUGCCCAGAUUACUGGACCUACUCAGGGUCUCUGACUACCCCACCCCUCUCCGAGUCUGUCACCUGGAUCAUUAAGAAGCAACCAGUAGAGGUUGAUCACGAUCAGCUUGAGCAAUUUCGAACCCUGCUUUUCACUUCUGAAGGGGAGAAGGAGAAAAGAAUGGUGGACAACUUCCGCCCUCUUCAGCCACUGAUGAAUCGCACUGUCCGUUCAUCCUUCCGGCAUGAUUAUGUGCUGAAUGUACGAGCGAAAUCCAAGCCGGCGACCAGCCAAGCAACCCCCUAAAACGUUCAUAUCUAGGCAGUAUUUUGCUUUUGCUAUAAUAUAUACUAGCUUACUAAAAAUUGUUAACUAGACUAUUCUAAGUGCCUGCAUUUGAUAAUAUUUACAGAUGAGCAUUUCUUAGCAUGAGAGUGCUUCAUCAGUCUUUGAGGAAAGUGAUUCGGUACCAGCUAGGAGACACAAGUUUCUCUUGCAGCUACCUGCUGGUAAUUGUAAUGCCUUUUUUUUUUCUUUUUUUCUUUUUUUUUUUCUUUAAGAGACUAGGUCUUGCUCUGUUGCCCAGGCUA